AUGCUGUCUACUGCUGGUGCGCUCCUCCUGGCGCUGCUGCAGACCGCCGAUGCCCUGGGUCUCCACGCGGUGAAGAAGCAUGGGAAGAAGCACGGGUCCCACAAGAUGUCCUACGGCCGGGUGUACCGCAACGAGGGCUGCGCGCCCCUCGACAACCGGGGCACGCACUUCACCAUCGACGUGGAGGUCGGCACCCCAGGCCAGCGCUUCUCCGUGGUGGCCGACACGGGCAGCAACACGCUCAUCGUCCCCUCCUGCGUGUGCCAGGAGAGGGGGCAGUGCCCCCAGGACGGCUCCGAGCACUGCUUCACUGGCACCAACCGGUCCUCGUCCUUCCAGCUGGAGAGGGACGCGUCAGGACCCACCAGCCUCGUGCUGACCUUCGGCAGCGGCCAGAUCAAGGGCAUCGUUGCCAAGGAGCACGUGAAGGUCGGCCAGGUGGAGACGUUCAUGGACGAUGGGAUGCUCCUCAUGACCGACCGGGCCCUCAACAUCCAGGGCGCGUUCGAGGGCAUCCUCGGGCUGGGCGUGCCGCAGCUCCCCGAGGACCAGCCCGCGCAGCAGCCAGCAGAGCCCACCGGCUAUGCCGACAAGAUGGCCGCCGAGGCUGCGGCGAAGGCCGGCGGCGAGCAGCCGGCGGGCGACUACCAGCAGAUGCCGGCGAACAUGCAGGAGAUCAUGCAGAAGAUCUUGGGGCAGAUGCAGCGCGGAGAGCUGCCAGCGGCGCCGCAGCCUGGCCAGACGGCGCGCGGCGAUCAGCAGGUAACCGCGGGCCCAGUGUCGGAGGGCGGCGAGGACGCAGGCCGGUCGCCAGAGGAUUACAUGCGGCAGGUCGUCGGCGCCAUGAACAUCAGCGGCGGCGGCAUGAUGAGCGCCAGCAUCGGUCACGCGCUGGUGGCGUCGGCAGGCUCGUUGGUGUCGGCGGCGGCCCAGGGCACCUUUGAGGGACAGAACCCGCUGGAGGACAUGCUGAGGAAGAUCAUGUCCGGCCAGGCCGCCGCCGCCCCCAUGGCCGACGCGCCGCCGCAGAGGGCCUACCCGAAGGGCUUCCUCGAGCAGGCCAAGGUCGACCGCUUCUCGGUCUGCUUCAACGACGGCUCUGGCGGCGUCCUGAGCCUCGGCGGAGACAUGCCCAAGACCUCGCACGGCGGCAUCGGCAAGCAGCACUGGGGCGUGGACUUCCGCGGCAUCUCGGUGGGCAACGAGACCCUGCCCUCCCAGGCUCUCUUCUGCACGCCCGAGACAACGAACAUGACCGAGGAGCAGAUGACCCCAUGCGGCGCCAUCCCCGACUCUGGGACCACCACGAUCAUGGGUCCUGCGGACCAGGUGCUCAAGCUCAUGGAGGGUAUUUGCGAUGGCUGGGACCGCUGCAGGAAGAACUACACUGCCAUGGUGGAGGCGACGACAGCCGCGGAGAACGACAUGAGGAAGAUCUACGGCUUCAACCCGUUCAACCUCAAGAACGCCGUCAAGAAGACUGACAUUCUGCAGGCCGUUCUGUCGGACUGCGAGUCGUGGAUGGACGAGAAGGUCGGGCUUAGCGAGCUUCCGCCCCUGCACUUCCACGUGCAGGGCAACAACGGUACCAAGCAGACGUUGACCAUUCCCGGCCACUUGUACAUCAUGGAGACGCCCAGGGAGCUUUUGCAGCAGCAGACGCCGAACCACGUGCAGCAGCAGCAGCCCACGUACGUGCAGCUCGGCAGGACUGGGAUCAACGCCACCGCCCUCGACAACAUCCCGGUCACGGAGAUGCACCCCGAGAUCAACAGCCAAGCCAACAUCUCGGGCAAAGUGUGCGUCCCCGCCCUCGGGGAGAUGGAGUAUCAGACGAGGACCAACGGCCCAGUCUGGAUCUUCGGUACCCCCCUGUUCUACCAGUACGUCGUGGGCUACGACGUCAGCACGAACCCGCCCUCCAUGGCCUUCUCCGAUCAGGGUGAGACCCCUUGUGGCGUCUGCAACCCGGAUGUGCAGCUCUGGGCCAGCCCCGCUCUCGACGACGACGCCUGGGAGGAGGAGGAGGAGCUGCCCGAGAGGAAGGAGACCCACAGUUUUUCUGUUCUUCUGCCAUCCGCGUCAACUCCCUGCCGAGGAUGCCGCGCAUCGACACCUCGAGGCCGCUCUGAGUCCCCCGGAGCUCUCGCCCCUGUGGUCGGCGCGGCGCCCGCGGGCAGCGCGAGCUUACGUUCACAGGGGCUCUCUCGACGAGGAGCUUCUCGCUUCCUUGUGCAGGAAGAGCGUGGCGUAUUGCUCUCUUGUGCAGGAAGAGCGCGAUGA